AUGUUGAAGAUUUUUAGGAGUCAAUUUAGCCCCUCCUGCUGCUGUUCUACUUUCUCUGCGACUUAGGAGGGGAGCGAGCGCCGCGCUGAGCCCGGAAGGAUGCAGCACCUACUGUGGCCUAGGGGUUCCGUGCUUCCGCUGCUCCUCUGCUUCCUGCUGCUGAACAACGCCUCUUCCAAGCCAGACUUCGGUCACCCACUCAGCACAACGGACAGCGCCACGGGCCCUGUGGGUCUGCAGAGGGUAUCAAGAUGGUCAGGGCCAGUGGGAGUGGGGCAGAUCUGGCCCCUCCAAGGAUUUGCCUCUCUAGACUUCCAGCACUUGCAAGUUGUACUCCAGCAGACUGUGCCCUGGAGUUUGUUCUGGAAGGAUGACCUCACCCAGGAUGUGAUGACCCAGGAAAUGGAGCACAUCAGCAGAUUCUGCCCUCAAAAUCCAUGUCUGAGGCAUGGACAGGCAACCUUUUGCACCAAAACCACCCAGAACCCAAUGGCCAAAGUGAAUAGGGAUCAUUGUUUUACCUCCAAAGUGGAUUUGAAGACCCUGAAAUGAGAGGUGGCCAAUCCUGUCAAGAAAUACCUGUGGGUAUCAGUAUGA